UAGACCGAGGCUGACUGGCCCCCAAGGUCGCGCCCACUGGGCUCCGUGGCCCAAGGGGAAUUUGAACCCAGGUCCUGGUCCGCCCCUCUGGCCCUGCCGCACAGGCUUGUCUCGCCCGCUUACCAGAGGCGGCUGCCUCCUCCUCCUCCUCCCUGCCUUUCUUCCUCACAGGCCCUUGAAGCUCUUGGGCCGGCAGCUGCUGCCCCAACCCGUCAGACCGGAGUGGGUGCAUUUCAGCUGCUGGAGGGGGCUGCCCCGCCGUGGGGAAGCAGCGCCAGGGGCAAAGCCCAGGCUGUUUGGGGCCUUCUAGCCGCUGUCGGCCUUUGCUGGAAAAUGUCCCUCUGAGUGGCGCUUGCCUCUUUCACAAGAGGUGCCCAAGAGGCCAGCAAAGCCAUCCUUUACAGGAUCUGUUUCUCCCCACCCACCCCACAUUUUACAGGACGUCUCAAUGUAUGAACAAUGCUUAGAAAAAGAAUUAGGUGAUUCCUAAGUGUUUAUUAAUUAACAACAACAAACAACAUCCAGGGAUUUGAGCAUAGAAUAUCCAGCUCAUCUAUCCAAGCAAGGAUCAUGGUAGCAGCCUGUUUCCGUUUCCCUUGCACUUCCAUUUUGUUAAAUGCACUGAUUUCUUGGAUCAAGUAGAAAGGCCAGGUUCGUUCCUCAACAUGCUUUAGUCCAUUGUGUGCUUCAAGUAUGCCUGCUCAUAAUGUGUUGUUGUUGUUUAGUCGUUUAGUCCAGAGCACGCCAGGCAUAAUGUACUAUUCAUUAAAAACAAUUACAUCCCCACCUUUUCAUCGCAGACAGCGGUACCCAAAAUGGCCUGCAGUCAACAUGUUUAACAACAGUUUAAGAGUCCUUGAGACAGUAUUGGUAGUCCAGCUCCAGGCAUGCUUGGAGGAAACUGAUUAUCUGGACCCAUUUAAGUCCAGCUUCAGGCCUGGGCACAGCACUGAAGCUGCUUUGGGCCUUGUUGAGUACAACCUCAGAGACAUUUCCUACGAGGUGAAGACUGCCACGUGUCAUGAGCUGAAGUUCUUAGCCCGCCCAGACGACCCCCUUGUUUUCUACUUUGAGGAUGAGCAUGAGGCACAGAAGUGGUGGACAGUUGUCAGCAGCUCCCUCCAGGAGCUCCAGAAAGCUACUGAGGGAAGCGGUUUCCUGACAGGACGGCCUUCUCCCCUUCCCUUGGCACUUUUCAACUCUCUGUCUGACAUCGAUGUCUCCCUGCCCUUGGAGCUUGCCAGGAAAGAGGACCUGGCGCUCCACCUGUCCACUGCUAUUGAGCUCGGGGACGAGGAGGAGGCCAUGCGCUGUGCCACGCUGCUCGCCCAGCAACACGCUGCUCUGCGGAUCCUGCUGAAGGAGUCCUGCUACCCCACAAGCGAGAUCAGCAUGAAGGUGCAGGUGGAAGACGCCACUUGCUCGACGAGCAUCACCACCCGUGUCCACACGUACACCACCAUUGCAGGUCUCAGGCAGAAGGUCUUUCAGGAUUACGGAUUUCACCCCAGUGUCCAGCGCUGGAUUAUUGGCCAGUGUCUCUGCGUGGAUGACCGAACCGUUGGCUCUUACGGGAUUCGGAAGGACGGCGACACGGCCUUCCUCUACCUGCUCUCGGCAAAGGGCGCCCACCUCUCUGAGCAGCGCUUCAAGGAGGACAGGGACUGGGUGGUGCUGCAGCCGCCCCCCUCGCCCCUGGCGGACAACACGGAGGCCAGGCACAAAUUCAGCACCUUGCCCACUUGCCUGCCCAAGAAAAGUGUGAAAAAUUCUAACAGGAAGAGGGAUGUUGGUGAGAGCAGCCACUUCCUGGGAAAAUUCCUCCCUGGCCACUCGCGAGCCCCUCCUCCGCCCCCGGCUGCCGCCCCUCCUCCCUCUCCCGUGCCGACUGGCUGGUCUUGCCCCACCUGCACCUUCAUCAACAAGCCCACCCGGCCCGGCUGCGAGAUGUGCAGCACAGACCGGCCUGCCAACUAUGUGGUUCCCGGGAGCUACAGGCCGGAUGAGGUGGAGCUGUGGCGGAUGCAGCAGGAGAAGGAGGGCAUCUUACAGUACCAGAAGGCCCUGGAGCAAGAGCGGCAGCAGAACUUCCAGCAGUUGCAGCAGCUGGACGAGGCGGCGCUGGUGCCCAACCGGGAGGAGAUUGAGUGCCGCAUCUGCUACCUGAACGUGGAGCCUGGCGAGGGCGUGCUGCUUCGGGAGUGCCUGCACAGCUUCUGCAGGGACUGCCUGCGCCAGCUGAUCAACUGCAGCGAGGAGCCCCAGGUGGCCUGUCCCUUCCGGGACGACUCCUAUGCCUGCAGCAGCCACCUCCAGGACAGGGAGAUCCGGGCGCUGGUGUCGUGGGACGAGUAUGAGCGCUUCCUGGAGCGGCGGCUGGCCGUGGCCGAGAGCCGGGCCCAGAACAGCUACCACUGCCAGACGGCCGACUGCCUGGGCUGGUGCAUCUACGAGGACGACGUCAACGAGUUCCGCUGCCCCAUCUGCUGGGCCCUCAACUGCCUCGUCUGCAAGGCCAUCCACGAGGGCAUGAACUGCAAGCAGUACCAGGACAAGCUGCAGUUCCAGGCUCACAACGACGCUGCUGCCCGCGAGACCAGCAACAUGCUGAAGACGCUGGUGCAGCUAGGAGAGGCCAUGCACUGUCCUGUCUGCCGCAUCGUGGUGCAGAAGAAGGGGGGCUGCGACUGGCUCCGCUGCCCUGUCUGCCAGACGGAGAUCUGCUGGGUGACCAAGGGGCCGCGCUGGGGGCCUGGGGGUCCCGGUGACACCAGUGGAGGCUGCCGGUGCAACGUGGAUGGGGAAAGGUGCCACCCCCAAUGCCAGAACUGCCACUGAGCGCCUGCCUAAGGGGCAUCAGAUGCUGCCAGGACUCCCGUUGGCAAGGAAGGAGCCUCUGCACCCGGAGAUGAGAAGCGGCCCGUUGGAAGAGGCCUCAGCAAGGCUGGCUGCUCCCUCCCCAGACUUUAGAGGAUGCAGCAGAUGAAAGACCCACCCGCCCCACCCACUGCGGCUGCAGCAGAUGCUCUGCCCCCCACUCCCUGCACUGACCUCCGAGGGGCGGCCACGCUCCCCUGCCUGAGGGGAAAAAGGGGCUGCUUUGGCCCUGCCCCGCCUCCGCCCCACUGUGCCUUUGAGUCCCAUCCCUCACCCCUUUUGCACUACCAGAAUCUCACUCCGCGACCCCCUGGCCAAGGAGACGGGGCUCCCCAAAGGGGUCCCACUCCUGGAAGCACCCUUGCCUCAACUGACAGCCCCCGGCGUGGGGUAACAAGCUUUGGGGGGCAACAUCAGCACCAAGGAAGGGGGAAGGUGCCCAGGAUGUAUGCUGCUGCACAGGAGGGGUUAAAACCCCUUCAAUAAAAAAGAAAAAGUAUAAACACG